AUGGGGAAUGACCUCUACUCACUCGACGACGGCAUAAAGCAUUCUUCAGCCGACCACAUUGAGAAUUCAACCCAUGAUAAUGAUAUCACGAACGAUUUGACCUCUGCAAAGAAACUCUUCAACGAUGCCAGGGAAGCCACGGAGGCUGAGCACAACCUUACACUGACGCAGGCGCUGAAGCUCUAUCCCCAGGCAGUUGGAUGGUCCGUUCUUGUCUCGGCUGCCUGUAUUAUGGAAGGCUACGACAUGGCUGUCAUUGGGCAGCUAUUCGCCCAGGAGUCAUUCCAAAAGGCAUUCGGCGUCCCCUCCCAUGACGGCUACCAGAUUACUGCGCCCUGGCAGACAGCCCUGGGAAAUGGUGGUUAUAUCGGUACCAUCUUCGGAAUCUUGCUUAACGGUUAUAUCACGGAACGCAUCGGAAUGAAGAAAACACUGGUCUUGGCUUAUAUUGCUCUGACGGGGUUCACGUUUAUUUUGGUAUUUGGUCAGACUAAAGCCCUGCUCCUAGUUGGUCAAAUUCUUUGUGGCCUCCCUUGGGGUGUUUUCACUGCGACGGCGCCUACAUAUGCCUCCGAAGUGUGCCCCGUCGUUCUCCGCGGCUACCUCACAACGUUUAUUAACAUGACAUGGGUGAUUGGACAAUUGAUCGCGGCUGGUGUGUUCCGGGGCGUCCAGGGGAUGGAGGGUAGAUGGGCCUAUGACAUUCCCUUUGCUCUGCAAUGGAUUUGGCCAGUUCCUCUAUGCGUCGGGCUGCUCUUUUGCCCGGAGUCACCAUGGUGGCUCCUUCGCCAAGGUCGCCUAGAAGAGGCAGAGCAUUCACUGAGACGAUUGUCUCCGGCUAUCGACCCCAAGAAAACACUUGCGAUGAUGAUACGGACAGACGAACAAGAGCAGGAACUAGAUAGCAGCUCGUAUUGGGACUGCGUUAAAGGCGUUGACCGCCGCCGGACCGAGAUUGCCCUCAUCUCAUGGCCAAUUCAAGUCUUCGCAGGUAUCUCCAUGAACCAGUACAACACCUAUUUCUUCCAGCAGGCGGGUGUGAGCGGAUCAACAGCGUUCGAUAUCAGCAUCGGAUACUACGGUCUCGGCUUCGUUGGCACUCUCAUUGCCUGGUUUCUCAUGACGCAUUACGGUCGCCGCACAAUCUUCAUCGGUGGCCUAGCCCUUAUGUGCAUCACCAUGCUCACCAUCGGCUUCGCAGCUCUGGCUCCCGAAUCAAACAACGCGGCAGUCUGGGCCCAGUCAAUCCUCCUAGUCAUCUGGGUGUUUCUCUAUGACGGCUCGGUCGGCCCUCUGGCCUUUUGUAUCGUCAGCGAGGUUGGAUCAACCCGGCUACGCGCCAAAACAGUGGCCCUCGGUCGUUGCUCAUUCUAUUUCUGGUUUAUUAUCUUCGGUGUCGCGACUCCAUACAUGCUCAACCCUGAAGCAGCAAACUGGAAAGGGAAGACGUUCUUUCUCUAUGGUGGGACCUGUUUUCUCUCGAUGGUAUGGGCUUACUUCCGUCUGCCGGAGAUGAAGGAUCGCACCUACGAGGAGUUGGAUAUUCUGUUUCGAACGAAGACAUCAGCAAGGAAGUUUGCGAGCACCCAUGUAAAUCCUUACAGUGAUUAUAGCGAAGCUUAA